AUGGCAUUCAAUACGUUGACCAAAGUCUCCCAAAAGAAAAGUCAACACUGUGCCAUGAUGCUACAAGCUAUCAAGUAUAGAAAUGGAAAGCUCGAGAUCCUUGAUCAGCUUCGGCUACCUCAUGAACAACUUUAUGUUCAAAUUUGUGAUCCCCAAGAUGGGUGGAAUGCUAUUAAGUCUAUGCAAGUAAGAGGUGCUCCAGCAAUCGCCAUAGUAGCGACCCUGAGUCUUGCUGCAUGGCUUUCAAAUGAAGAUGUGUCAAAAUAUUCGAACGAUUUCUCUAUCGUUACUGUAAUCACAAAUAGUCUAAAAUUUCUCGUUACCAGUCGGCCAACAGCCGUCAAUUUACUUGAUGCAGCAUUGAAGUUAGAAAGAACGAUAAUUACUGCUCGCAAUAGGCCAGGAUCAAGUCUCGGGAAAAUUGUGCAAGCAUAUUUGAGUGCCGCUGAGAACAUGCUUCGGGAUGACAUCUCAGAUAAUGAGAGCAUUGGAGGCCAUGGUGCACAAUGGAUCACGGACAAAUGUCUAGGUUCCCGUUCUGAUGAUCAAAUUUCAGUGGUUACGCACUGCAAUACAGGCUCUCUGGCCACAGCUGGCCACGGAACAGCAUUAGGUGUGGUGCGAAGCCUUCACUCGAGACAGCUACUUCGUCGAGUGUUCUACACAGAGACUAGACCAUACAAUCAAGGUGCUCGACUGACUGGGUUUGAACUUUUACACGACCAAAUUCCGGCUGAAUUAGUGGCGGACUCUAUGGUCGCUGCUCUCCUCGGUCGCAGAAAAGACAAAGAUAGUAUUGGAUGCAUCGUGGUAGGUGCUGAUAGAGUCGCAGCAAAUGGAGACACUGCGAACAAGAUCGGUACCUACAGUCUUGCAAUUAUAGCUAAGUAUCACGGUCUUAAAUUCCUUGUCGCUGCUCCUAGAACUACCAUUGAUCUCAAAACCACCUGCGGUGCAAACAUUGUAAUAGAACAGCGUUCGCCGGAAGAGAUGAUAACAGUAGAGGGACCUGAGGUGUCUGCUAGUGGUGAAGUGUUGACGCAGGAGAAGGCAAAACGAAUUAGCAUUGCACCGAUUGGAACUCAUGUCUGGAAUCCGUCGUUUGAUGUUACUCCCGCAGACCUCAUUGAUGGUAUCAUAACUGAGAAAGGAGUCAUGGAGAAGGGCGCCGGCGGAACCUUUCACUUCGACAACAUCUUCAAGAACGAGGAGCGAUCUCCUUCAACACCAGAUUAUGGCACCAAUUCUUCUCAGUUGACAAACGGGGAUAACCCAUCGAUGAGUUGGGACCAGGCCGUCGGAAUGAAAGCAGAGCAACACAAGACAUUCGCUCAAUGGAUGUUUGAUCUGGGUACACCAAUAAACUAA